AUGCCGCAGUGCGCCACUGGAUCGCUGUCGCGGGACGGCCCGCGGGGACAGGUCAGCGCCGCCGCGGCGGCGGCCGGAGCCUUCCCGAAGCGUGUGAAGGUGGUGGAGGUGGGGCCGCGCGACGGGCUCCAGAACGAGAAGAAUGUUGUACCGACACCAGUGAAAAUUAAUUUAAUCAAUAUGCUGUCAGAGACGGGGCUUCAGGUUAUAGAGGCCACCAGCUUUGUUUCCCCCAAGUGGGUUCCUCAGAUGGCUGACCAUACUGAAGUCAUGCAAGGAAUUAAUAAGUUGCCUGGUAUUAGUUAUCCUGUGCUGACCCCUAACCUGAAAGGAUUUCAGGCAGCGGUGGCAGCAGGGGCCAAAGAAGUGUCGAUCUUUGGAGCAGCGUCUGAGCUCUUCACUAAGAAGAACAUCAACUGUUCCAUAGAGGAGAGUUUGGAGAGAUUCGAUGAAGUGAUGACUGCAGCGAGAGCAGCCAGCAUUCCUGUCCGGGGAUACGUUUCCUGUGUCCUUGGAUGUCCCUAUGAAGGGAAGAUUUCUGCCGCUAAAGUUGCAGAGGUCUCAAAGAAGAUGUACUCGAUGGGAUGCUACGAGAUUUCCCUCGGUGACACCAUUGGCGUUGGGACCCCGGGGAGCAUGAAGGAGAUGCUGACAGCAGUCAUGAAGGAGGUGCCAGUUGGGGCCCUCGCUGUUCACUGCCACGAUACCUACGGGCAAGCUCUUGCCAACAUCUUGGUAGCACUUCAGAUGGGUGUGAGCGUGGUUGAUGCUUCCGUCGCUGGCCUUGGAGGCUGUCCCUACGCCCAAGGAGCGUCGGGAAACGUUGCGACGGAGGACUUGGUGUACAUGCUGAACGGCCUGGGGAUCCACACGGGUGUGGAUCUGCAGAAGCUGAUGGACACAGGCACGUUUAUUUGCAAUGCUCUCAACAGACGAACCAAUUCCAAAGUGUCCCAGGCAUCUUGCAGACUGUGAUACUGAAUUGAGUUUCUCCUUGGAUCAAGAAGAAAGCAAGGAUCCGGUGUUGGCCGAGUUUCCCCUCCAUGCUGCUGCCUCUUAUCUUCAGUGCUCCUUCCAGGCUCAGCGCUUGAGAGGAGACGCAUAAUCCACCAGAAUCUAUGAAGAAAUGAAAAUAUCAAGAAUACUACAUUCAACCUUGAAGACAUUAGCUGUUUGCCUUAGAGAAGGGGGAGUGCGGAUGGGCUGAGGGAGAAGUAGCGGCCGCAACACUUGCCUUCUCACAGAGAGCUGCGGUGUCUGGCACCAGCUCAGAACAGCGUCCGGUAACUUCUACCUUGAGAGUGUGUUGCCGUAAACUACCAGCAAAGGAUAAACCACAGCUUUUCCAGUUAGAGCACUUCUCCAGGUCAGGCUUGACCCUUCUUCCCUUCUCUCUCCUCACUACAAAUGUUAAGACUGAAAUCGAAAGACUCCCCUUCGUCAUUCACGUGUCAAGGGGCCGCCUUGGACCUUCUGUCUUAGCGUUUAGGGAUUGUAAUAACGGACUGUAUCUGUUGUAAGAUACUUCUAAAUACUAGGAGUAAAAAACACAUUAUUUAAUAUUCUAAACUGUUAGAAAUUUGGGUUAACUAAACCAGGUAAAGAGCUUUUGCUGCUGGUUUGGUUCCAAGCGCCUCUUCUGUGGGAACGCUGCAUCAUUGUGGGCUGUGGCCCAUCCCCAGAGAGCAAACGGCGUGAAAACACGCUUAUUCUAUACGCACAUGUACUCCUCAAGGUAGACAGGUCCUAGGGCAGUCUCCCCCAAUCUUCUAUUUAAAAUAAUUUAUUUAAUAGUUUAUUCGUGAGACCAGAGACAAGUGGGGUCCUUCCGUGGGGUGGGCCUGGUUUGUAGCUGUGUGCUGCACCUUUCUCUGACUGUCCCAGCGUGCUGCGUACGGGACUGUCCCUCCGGGUCUCUCUACAUCACUUAAAUAAGCUGUAACAAUUAAAUAAAC